GAAGAAGAAGAAAAAAGGGAAGGGGUUCGUAUUUGACUUGAGUCACAAGUCGGUUAGCCAGCAUGCGCAGAGAGCCGCAAACCCAGAGAUAAACUCACAUCUCUAGAAGCCUUGGAGCUCUCUGGAUCCAGUUGGGUCGCUAAUGCGCAUAUUUUGGCGUAAAGUUUUUUGUUGUUUUUAAUUCAGAGGUCAUUUGCUUCCUCCUCUCGCGCACAAAGAGCAACACAUUAAACACACAGUAACGUGUGUCCAUCCUAGAGGUUUUUUUAUUAUUAUUGUUUUACCAUGGCCAAGUUAUUCCGAGCUGCUAUCAUGGGUCCACCGGGAUCAGGGAAAGGAACGAUAUCCAGGAGGAUUGCGCAAAGCUUCGGCCUGCAGUAUCUGUCCAGCGGCCACUUCCUCCGGGAGAGCAUAGCGGCAAACACAGAGGCAGGUUUGCUGGUGAGGACCUACGUAGAGAGAAGCAUGCUGGUGCCUGACCACUUGAUGACCAGACUGAUGCUGCCCAGGCUGGAGCAGCUGAUUGGCCACAGCUGGCUGCUGGACGGUUUCCCCCGCACUCUGUCUCAGGCCCGAGAGAUGAACAGCCUGUGCCAGCUGGACCUGGUGAUCAGCCUCAUCAUCCCCUACGAGACGCUCAGGGAGCGGCUGAGCGACCGCUGGAGCCACCCGGCCAGCGGGAGGGUCUACAACAUGGGCUUCAACCCACCACGAGUGCAGGGUAAAGAUGACAUCACCGGGGAGCCACUGGUCCAGCAAGACGACGACAAACCAGAAGCCCUGAUGGCCCGACUGAGACACUACAAAGACGUGGCCAAGCCCGUCAUCGACCUGUACAAGUCUCAGGGAAUCCUGCACUCGUUUUCCGGUACGGACACCGACCGGAUCUGGCCGUACAUCAACUCCCUCCUCAGCACCAAGAUGAACACGCAGCCGGCCGGCGAGUCCCGAACUCGGACACCCUGACGACCACCAGGGCGGAGGGGUGGGGGGGGGGGGGGGCGUCAAGACGCAGCCGGGAGACGCCGGGUGAUGAUUCCACGCGCUGGCCUCGGUUGUCUCUAAUGUCUCGGUGUCUGCUAAUAUUUCUAGAGCUUUAAUGAUCGUGUUGAUUUCUACAUUCUCUUUUCAUUUCUGUAAAUUGUAAUUUCACACGAGCACGCUGCAUCACGCCACACUUUUGUCUUUUUUUUUUGUUAUCUGCAAUUGUUCCAAUCUAAACACUUUUAAAUCCUCUUAAAUAAUAACAGUAAAGUCUAAAAGAGAAAGUU